AUGGCAUCUGAUGGUGAUCUGGGAGAUCUUUUGGCCAAAGCGCUCCCUACUGGUGUCGAACUUACCGUCCGUCAUGUGUCUUCAACACCAGCCCCUUCAACGGCCCUCUUUGCUGCUGCGCCUGGUCGGGAACCAGAAGCAACUUUCUGUGAAAAUCACUUUCUAACAGUCUCAAUCGAUUCUCCAAAAGUCAAUGGUGGGGAGAUCAUUGUCUUUGGGAUGGAAGUUCUGGUCUAUAACACGGCCCACCUCACCACUAUUUUCGUCUCUAAGGCCGACUCGACCGGCUUCCUGCACCUCCUCAAAGUGGGACAAAAGGUCUCGGUGCUAAGGCUGAUCUCAAAUACUUUCCUUUCCUUUCUUGUGCAGACCCAUCAGCGCCCAGGUGUGCGUCUGGUGGUCUCACUGUUUGCACGCGCCCAAAACCAGUACUUGUUCCCCGGCAGUAUCGACAAUGCGGAGAAGCACGUCCUCGAUGACCGGGGCCUAAUUAAAUGGUGGUGUCGUGCAGUGGAUCCAAUUCUCCGCGAUCAUGAGCCUGAAUCUGUUUCAAAAGACUCGAAACUCAUGCAUCAGGGAGCCGAAUCAGCGAAGGCCUCUGCAACCGCCUACUUGAUUGUCCCUGGGUGCGACCGCUUUGAAACACGCAAUUUCUUCCCGCUAACGGCCAAGUCGGAUGGCCAGGAUCGUCCACGAUGGCUUUCCAGCUACCCUGUGAAUCAAAUGUGUCAUGAUCCAUCAGCUCCACCUCGUUGUCUCAUUCCCCGGCUUCCUGACGAUCCCAAGACUCGUUUCCUGAUCGACCUAGAUGAUGAGCUCCCUGAAUCUGCUGAAGGUCAAGAUGCGCCCCCCAGCACUGGCCUCUGGAGAAGUGUCAGGUCACUAGAUCAGUUCUGGGAAAUGAUGUCUUUCCGUCAGGAAUGUUCUGCUGGUCGGCUGGUAGGGUUCCUGUGGCUCGUGGUGAACCCGCCCGGCUUGAUGAAUUCGACUACCAUGGCUAGCCGAAUUAUGAGCGCCGUCCCAUCCGAUAAGAUUGAUAAUGGCGUACAUGUGUUCACUUCUACAGACAGCGGUGACAAGUUGCCAACGGAUGCGCCUAAGCUGAGCGGAGAACAUUCUGCAGAGAUUCCUGAACCUCAGGCUGUGACACCACCUCAUUUUGACCAUCCACCAGUUGCAUCGUCAACAGAGCUUCAGUCAAACGAGAUAAUUCCCUUCUACUGGCCCGAAGCUGGACGUGGAAAUGUCGUGUUCAAUGAAGCAGAAUAUAAGAAGAUGAUGGAUUGUGUUCUCGAUCAUUUCUAUGAUGAAAGCGAAAUUGUCGCUAGUACCAAAGACUAUAUUGACCAGGUCGCCUCCCUCGCCGAUCAACUGACCUGGGGUAAAAGGGUUGUCGGAACCCGGAAGUUGGAAAAUACUACCACUUAUUCAGCCGAAACAAACACCCUUGAUAUCGGAUUAGUUCGCAAACGAAAAAAAUCAGCUAGUGGAGGUGAGACAAAGGGUUCAAAUGAAGCUAUCAUUGCCCAACCACGCGGAGCCGACGAGAUACAAUCAACACCGUCCCAGCCUGUUGCAGUCAAUGUGCUAAGUGCAGGGUUAGUGCGGAAGAAAAAGAAAAUAUGA